AGAGGCGCAGUGAGCGUGAGUGUGAGUGUGGAGUGAACAGACUGCAGCUGAAGCAGGGAACAGGCUCGAGUUUCACCUCACAGAUCACUACAACGCUGACACUGGAGCUCAUGAGGACACACUCAGAUGGCACGACACAACACUAGAGCCUUCCGAGCCACCUGCACACAGCACUAGAAACCAUGCGUUUAACUCCUCAAACAGAACUCCUUUUUCCAUAUUGAAUAACCUGCUCUCUGAGUAAGACUUGGACUAAAGUUUUUUUUUUUUUUUGGAAGAAUUAUUAUCCAACCUGUUUUCAACUGAUGGUUAGAUUAUAAGUUUGUUGAAAAAGCGAUUUGGAAGAAGUCAGGUUAGCCGGAUCUCAGUACAAUGGAACAGGACAGUAAAGUUCCUCGCGAUGCUCCUGGAGGAAGGACUUGUGCCGAGCAUCCGUGUAAAAGCGGCGCGGUGGCGGUGUGUGUGGCGCUCUGCCUCUUCUCUCUCGGAGUGUGUGUGCUGGUGUAUCUGCGCACCUCGGAGCUACAGGCAAGGGUCAACAGCAUGGAGAAGCACCGAGAGCCUCAGUACACAGCCUGGAUGUUUCUCGAGCAGGUGGAACCAGUGCUUCUAAACCGCCUGGAUCAGAUGCUGGAGGAGAAGUUAGCGUCUCGUCUGCCGAAGACCAGAGAGACUCGGGAUGUCUCCCAUGCCUGUCUGUGUCCACCAGGGCCUCCUGGUCCUCCUGGACGAGCUGGCUUUCCGGGAGACAAAGGAUCAAUGGGCAUUCCUGGAAGAAUGGGCUUAAAGGGAAGCACAGGGGAAAAGGGAGCUCCAGGAGAGCCAGGUCUAUCUAUCAUUGGCCCACGAGGACCUCCUGGUCAGCCGGGCACUAGAGGAUUUCCUGGCUUUCCGGGUCCGAUUGGCUUGGAUGGCACACCUGGACAAAAUGGUCAGAAAGGGGACAUGGGCCCACCUGGUCCCAAAGGACUUCCUGGUGAACCAGGUCCAAAAGGGGAAAAGGGUGUGUGUGGUGAUUAUACACAUCGGAUGUUGCCCAUCACCGUGCGCAACAUGCCCUCAAUAAGCCCUCUAAUUCUAAAGCGCCUCAAGCAGGGCGAACCUGGAGCACAGGGACCACCGGGCCCUCCUGGCCCCCCAGGGCCUCCUGGUAGCCAAGGAUUGACUGGUGCUAAUGGGCCACCGGGAAAACCUGGAGAACCUGGAAAACCGGGAAAAGACCUAAGGAUGUUGACAGGAAUGAAGGGAGAGCCAGGUGUACCAGGCCAAAAGGGUGACCGUGGUGAGACAGGGUUAACUGGACCUGAAGGCCUAAAGGGAUCCAAAGGAGAUCAAGGACAUAAGGGAGAGGAGGGGAGGAUAGGUGUUGCAGGAGAGAAAGGAGAGAAGGGUGAGAGAGGGAUGCCUGGGAUGCCUGGAAAACAAGGAGUGAAGGGAAAUCUUGGUUUUCCAGGGGCUCCUGGAUUAAAGGGUCAGACAGGUAUUUCCGGUAUACCCGGGAAACGAGGCUAUAAGGGUGAAAAGGGGGAACCAAGCUCUUCGGGUGUUGGCAUUAAAGGAGAACCUGGAGUGCCGGGAAUGCCUGGAUCCAAGGGUGAAAAAGGUGAUCAAGGCAUUAAGGGUGAAACAGGAACUGAAGGCCAACCUGGACCAAGAGGUCCUCCAGGUGCAACAGGGGAACCAGGAAAAAUGUUGAUCAACAACAACGAGAAUGAUAUUCGAAAUGUGCAUUUAAUGGGCCCACCUGGUCUACCAGGGCCUCCCGGGUUACCUGGAUCCAAGGGUGAAGUUGGACUGCCUGGGCCUCCUGGUCUUGAUGGCGAAAAGGGUCCUCGGGGAAAACCAGGAGAGCCUGGACCCGCUGGCCCAUCUGGACCUGAAGGGCCACGAGGAGAGGGAGGAAUUAUGGGCUUACCAGGCCCUAAAGGGGAUAAAGGAGACAUGGGUCCGUCUGGUUCACCUGGUUUAGAUGGCCCUACUGGUGAAAAAGGGGCUCAAGGGGCUCCUGGCCCCAUUGGAUUACCAGGCUCAAUGGGUCAGAAAGGUGAAGCAGGAGAGAAUGGAGAAAAAGGAGACCAGUUCUAUGGCCCACCAGGACCUCCAGGACCUGCAGGACCCGUGGGGCCGAUGGGACCUCCGGGAUUGUCAGGGCCAAAGGGGGAGCCAGGUUUUGGUAUAAGAGGAGAGAAAGGAUCACCUGGACAGAAAGGAGAUAAAGGCGACAGGGGUCAUCUUGGACUACCAGGAGCUCAUGGUUUAGAUGGCAAGCCUGGUCCAGUGGGUCUUAUAGGGCCGCCUGGUAUACCUGGACCAGCAGGACCAAAAGGAGAGCGGGGUGAGAAAGGAGAAAUGGGAGUAGCAGGACCAAGAGGGCCUCAAGGCAUCCCUGGCUUAGUAGGACCACCAGGACUAAAAGGAAACCGGGGGGAGAGGGGCAAGAGAGGCAACAGGGGGGCCAAAGGGGAUAAGGGAGACCAAGGAGCCCCAGGAUUAGAUGCCCCUUGUCCUUUGGGUGAUGAUGGUCUACCAGUACCAGGAUGUUGGAAUAAAGGUCAGAAUCCUUUCCAGCUGGCUAAGAAGUAACAACAAACUGAGACCCACCGCUUCUUGGUGAGGUUUCAUACUAAGC